AUGGACGUGGAGCAAUAUCCAAUACCACGUGUUAGAGACCUUUUUCAUAAAUUAAAUAAAGGAAAGCUGUUUUCCAAAAUAGAUUUAUCUGAUGCGUACUUACAAAUUGAAUUGGAUGAAGAAUCAAAAGAUUUAACUGUAGUAAAUACUCCACUUGGGCUUUAUCAGUACCAGCGUUUACCUUUCGGUGUAGCAAGUGUUCCUGCUAUUUUUCAGCGUUUGAUUGAGGAGAUUAUAAAUGGCAUUCCCGGUUGCAUUAAUUAUUUAGAUGAUAUAAUAUGCACAGGAAAAUCCGAAGCGGAACAUUUAGAUAAUCUACCCAUGUUGUUUAAGAGAUUAAAAGAUUAUGGAUUACGAUGCAAUUUUGAAAAAUGUACUUUAAUGCAAGAAAGUGUAGAGUAUCUUGGGCACGUAAUUUGUGCUGCGGGCAUUCAACAAUCUGAGAAAAACACAGAGGCAAUUAAAAAUUUGCCGCGCCCUACAAAUUUAGCCGAACUUCAAUCUUUUAUGGGAAAAGUCAAUUAUUAUUGCACUUUUAUUAAAGACUAUUCAACUCUUUGUGGCCCGCUUAAUUUUUUGCGUAAGAAGAAUCAGAAAUUUGUAUGGAAUUCUGCACAAGAAAACGUUUUUCAAGAACUUAAAAAGCAAAUUGUUGAUAUGACAAAGUUAGUUAAUUUUGACAAGUCUUUGCCUAUUAUCCUAGCCACGGAUGCAUCAUCAUUUGGCAUUGGUGCCGUUAUUUCACAUCGUUAUCCAGAUGGCUCUGAACGGCCAAUUGCUCACGCUUCCAAGACUUUAAACGAUGCACAAAAGAACUAUAGUCAGAUUGAAAAAGAAGCAUUAUCAAUCAUAUUUGGAAUUCAGUUCACACCUUGGCAAGAGGCAGAAAAACCCUGGCAAAGAAUUCAUGUGGACUACGCAGGUCCUUUUGAAGGUUUUAUGUGGCUAAUAUGCGUGGACUCAUUUUCCGGGUUUCCAUAUGUUAUAAAAAUGACAAAUUCAACAAGUAUUUCGACUAUAGUAGCUUUACAAAAUAUCUUUGCAAUAGAAGGUUUGCCAGAAGUUCUAGUUACAGAUAAUGGAAGACAAUUUGUAUCAAGCGAAUUUGAAAACUUUUGUAAAGUUCAUGGCAUUCAACAUUUGACUACAGCACCUUUACAUCCUGCUUCGAAUGGCCAAGCAGAACGAUUUGUACGCACGUUCAAGAAUGCUUUUAAGAAGCAAAUGCUAGAGGGAAAAAAUAUGCAAAGUGCUCUAUUAGCUUAUCUCACUUCGUACAGAUCCGCACCGAAUAAAACCGGUAAAACGCCAUCAGAGUUGUUACAUGGCCGUCAACAUCGCGGUUUAUUAUCACUGUUAAAACCAAUUUAA